UCAAAAUUAACCACGAUUCUGUCGAUCUUAAAAACCAUAAAAAACGUGAAAUUGUGAAUAAAAUACAUGAUAUUUAAUUAAUUACUCAAGAGAAAAAAAUAAGAGAAAUUUAAAGUAGAAGGAAGAGUUAUAAAUGUUGCGUGUUGUUCUACUAAAAUGUUGACUCCACGUUUCAAGUUGAGCCAGGAUGAAAACCAUGUUUUCAUUACGAUCCACGCACCUUACACCAAUAUUGGUGAUACUGAGAUAGAUGUAGAUGGUGAGAAUUUCCUCUUUGUAUCCAGUCCCUACUUUUUGCGGCUUCGUUUGCCCGGAAAGAUUGUCGAGAAUGACAAAUCUAAAGGUUCGUAUGUGUGUGAUUCUGGAGACUUCAACUUAACCUUUGACAAAGAUUCUCCCGGCGAACACUUUGAGAAUUUAGAAAUGAUCACCAGUCUGUUGGCUCCUCGAGAUAUACCAGACAUCAACCCUAGUUUAGUGGAGCUGUUAGAAGAAGAUGGCAUUACUAUAGAGGAUAGAGAGGUUGAUGAUGAUAGCAAGAAAUAUGCGUUUGGUUUUGCUAAUAAAAUUACUACAGAAUUCGUAAAUAUAGGGAGUGAGUUCCCUCAAAUAUUUGAGCUACGUGUGCCUGAGCAAGUAGCUCUGGAUGAGCGCCAUGUCCUACGGAUUCAGCACGAAGAUGACAAGUUUUCCUCAGACCAUUACUUGGCAGACCUUUAUGAUGAUGAACUCCUAGCUCCAUACCUCACAGCUGUACCGUUCUGGGAGGCUUCUGAUUUUAAUAAAAAUGCAGAGUUUACUGAUGAUGAAGUAGCUAUUUUAAAAGAGUUGCCAAAUAAACACUACUUACUGAAUAAAACUGAGUACAGGCAGGUGUUAUUUGGUCUUGUAGAUAUUUUGUAUGGUUACUGCUAUGAUAAAAGAACCACACUAAAUGAGAGUACUGUUGAGUCCAGUUGGACUAUUAACAAACUAUCAUCAACCUUUAGUUGGUUCUGUGUAUUUAAAGACAUAAAACAUGUCCUUAUAGCUUGUUUUAGACGAGCCUUAAUUUAUCCCAUAUUUAGAAACUUUGAACUCUGUAAAAAAGUGAGAAAUGAUGUUGUAUCCCUCUUGAAGAAAGGAAAGAAAUUCUUAAUUAAAUGCGUACUUGAAAUCCACCAAAUGUUCAAUUCAAGUAGUGAUGCUCGAUACAUUUUGAAUCAAUUAUACAUCAAAGACUACUUGGUGUUUCUACAAAAGUGUAGAAAUGAGGAGUUUGACGAAUUAUACAAUAAUAUAAUAAACAUAGAUGUGACGAAGAAAGAUUUGGAUUUAGAGUUAGAGGAAUUGGAAGCUGCAGCGGAAUUAGUUCAGAAAGAAGAAACUGAUGUACUAGAGAAUGAAAUGGCUGUUAGAAUGGCGUCUAUGACUCUCUUACCCGGUGUGAGACGUAGCAAUGGACCGUAUUUAGAGGAGAGUGACGAUGAAAGCAACACUUCGUCAUCUGAUUCGAGCAGCAAUUCAUCGGAUGAGUCUUCCGACCUGGAUUCCGAUGAUGAUCCGUCUUGACAGUGUUGGUUGGAAUUCUAGGAAUUGUCUUUGGGCUUGUGAACAAUUGGGUUGCGCUAACAGUUGGCUAAAGAAGUUGUAAUGUGUCUGGUGUCACAAGCUUACAAAUAUUACUUAUAAGACAGGCGAAUUGUUCUAAAUAAUUUACCAUAUAUGUACUUCUUUUGUAGUAUGUUAAAAACGUCGUGUUGGUCUAACGGAUAGGUCAGUGAGGUGUGAAUACCUAGUUCAUCUUGCAAUAGAUGUACCUCUGACUACCCCAAUUGGGAUAUAGUAGUGUGCGUGUCACGAAAGGCGCACGGAAUUUAAUGGAACUAAUUGACAAGUCAUAAUAAUUAUAUGUGGAUAUUGCGACACUAGCGCCGUGGAUGCAGGACUUCUUUCGGCGCGGACUCUAGUGAUUAAUUUACAAAUUAUAUUAUACAGGCUAUGUAACUCUAGUUUAGUAAGUAUAUACUCCGUUAUACUGCUGUACGGUCUGGUAGAGUUGUAAUCUUAUAUUUCCAGUAUAAAAAAAUCUAAAAUAAUACCUAAGUAUAUAAUAAUCUGUAAGUAAGUAGUAAAAAUAGUUUAUUAUAACCACAUCAAAUAUUGUAGAAAAACAUAGGUGUAUAGAUAACAUUAAAAAUAAUAAAUUUUGAGUUUACGUGGUUAUUAUCAUAAUUAAAGCACAUAAUAAUGGGUUCUUACCGCGUCUAAAUGGGGAUAUGAGACUCCCAUGGGGUUAUGAAUGGGGAGUCUCAUAUCCCCAUUUAAACACUAAGCUAGUUCGCAUAGAAACUAAGCUAUAGCUACCUAUUAUAUAAUACAACAAGAAUGUAGCCUAAGGUUGUCUGGCAGAAAUUGCUGUUUAGCAAUAAUAAUAAUGCUUUAUUGCACAAAUAAUAAGUUUAUUUUAGUGCAUCAAAUGAUGUGUCAAAUCAGUUACUUUUUACUAAAUUACCAAAUUGCUAUGGAAUUUGUAUGAAAAAGCAACUUGUGAUGUCAUAGGAAAACGUGGCAAAAUAUCACAAUUAUUAUUACAUUUUUCUUUAUUAAGAUUCAUAAAUAAGCUAAAUAGAAAAAGGAAAACGUUUUUGUCACCUUUAGAUCUGUCUUUAUUUAGUAAUCAGAAUUUCAUAAUUUAUCUUUGAACUCAGAAACUACCCAAUUAUUGAUUGAUUGAAUGUAGGUGUAGGGGAUAAAGUGAAAGCAAAAAAAAGAUCCUGGUAAUAUUAGAUUAAGCAUUAUCUGUAAUGUUAUCAUUGUCGCUGUAUAGGAUUCAAAGUUCUAGACAAGUAAACUCAUACUGGACUGAAAAACUAAGUAGGUACUACACUUUUGAAAUUACAAUAACUUUUUAAGUACACAUUGGUGCUAAUUCCUGUAAAUACCAUCUAAUUUUAUUUUAGGUUAUAUCUGUCAUUUUCUUAUCCGCCGAAAAGGAAAGGGACGGGUAAUCGAUAAGCAUAAAAUUUAUGGAACACACGUCAAUUUUAAGCACAAAUCUAAAACAACCGUCUAAAAAUUCGCCCGGAUUAUUCAUUUAUUUACUCAUUCUUCCUAAAAUUAAGAGCUGUCAAUCAUCCGUCCCUUUCCUUUUCGGCGGAUAAGAAAAUGACAGGUAUAACUUAAAGUAAAAUUAAGAGAUGUCUGCAGGAAUCGGGGCCAAUAUAAACUUUAAACAAGUAAAACAAAUAAAAACAGUUAUAAAAUACUUUAUCUAAUUCACUCUAGUACUCUCGUUAACACAAUAAUCUCUGUUGAACUCCCUUGUUGUAAUUAUUUUUACUCCAUCGCGCCUUUUUCCGCUAAAUGACAACUGCUUAAUGCUCCUUCGCGGCAAAAGCCACGGGGUGGCGCCACCGUCGCCCGGUUUGUUUUUUUUUUUUAAAUAGAUUUACGCAAUCGCUAACAAUAAUAAAAAUGACUUAAAAUAUAACGAAUUUAUAGUUUAAUAGUUACAAAGAAAGUUGAUAUAAAAUUAUCUGUAAAACGUAUUUUAUUUUAAAUCUCUUUUAUGUAUGGUUUAGAAAAAAUAACUUAAUUUUGCAGGCCAGUGUUUAUUAAUUAUGACGUUAUGAGCAGUGUGUUUAAUAAUUAUACUGGUAGUUACUGUUACUGUACUCUCCUUUUGUUUAGUCCACUUGUUCUACGCAUUUAAGAUGUAUUUAAGUACUUAAUAUUAUUUCUUACUUAGGAGAUAUAUUUUGAAUUAUUAAUCAGUUGCUAAAUGGUCAUCCAUCCAAUAACUGCUUCCCAUUUUUUUUGGAUUUGGUGAUCUAUACCGUCGCGUCGCCUUAGGAAAAAUCUGGAAAGCGCCUUUUGGAAAUAUCACAUUCUGGUGUGAUUUUCUACAGCAAAACAUCUCGGUUUAAUUCAAUUAAUUUCAUUCGGGAUAAAAAUUGAGACUAUUUUUUUUUUACCUAGAUUGAAACUAGUGUGUCUGUUGCGAGGGUUUGUUAACAAAAAUCUGACUAAUGUAUUCAAUUACUAUUGCUUUUUACAUAAUAUUUAAAAUAUAAUUUAAUUUAAUUCAUUACACACACUAACCCUUUAUUAUGUUAUUAUAAAACAGUAUAUAAAACGGUUUAUUGCACUUUAAAACGACAAAAAAAAGAAAAAAAAAUAGAUGACAAAAAUCUUAUCUGAAUGUGAUUUUUCAAUAAGGCGCUUACAAGAUUUUCAUGAUAAGACACUUCAUAUAGUCAAUAGAAGUAUCCUAUCUGCUUUUUAGUACUUAUGUAAUAAGUUUACUUUUAAUUGUGAUUAUGUAGUGAUAUAGAGAAUAGAUACCUACAUACCUUUGUGUAAUUUGAAUAAUAAAAUAGUAAAAAUCUGAAUCUGACAAGUAUGUCAGGAUUGAAUGGAACUCCAUAGUCUCUGUUUACCCCGGUGGGAAAUAGGCGUGAGUUUAUGAAUGUUGUAUAAAUCUGAAUAAAUAACUAUUUACUCUGAA